UCUUUUUAAAACACAAAAUGAGAAAGAAAAUGGCGAAGCAAGGGAGCGGAGGCAGGUGGCCGCGAUACGCCGUGCUCUGAGGUAUAUACGCGAAGUGGUAGAGCCGGCUUUUCGAUAUCUUUAUGACGGAUUCACAACAGCGCUUGAUCAUGAUCAGAUUAUAAAUGCUCGACUAUGAGCCUGCAGCGGUUCUAAGGACCUCCUCACCACGUCAUAAAUCCUUAUUUCCAUCACCAGAACAUUAUGCCUCUAACCCUUCUGCAACCAAAAACUGGUCGUGCCACCUUUUGGCAUGCUGGGAAACACCCCUCAACCAACCUCGAAAAUCCCCUUUGCCUUGCUUCUGAGUUGUGAAGAUCACGUUCCUGGCGCAGCUGCUUUGAGCGACUUGCCUGGUUGUCGUGUCCUAGAAUUCAGGCUUCCUGACGAACUUUCGCGAUCAGCCAUCCUGCGUCGCUGUCUUCUCUCCGCCUUACCAGUCGACUUCUUUCAAACCGGUGUUGCAGGAGUACUGGCCACAGCCUUCAAUAAUCGGAAGGACGUGCAGUCAAGUUCAGCAGUGUUGAAUAACGUCUACAAACAGUCUUCGAUGGAGAAGAAACUGAUAAAAGAAGGCUCGCGCAAAUGGCAGAAGUUGGAAACUAUCUGGAAGCUCAUGGCUGAGAAGUUAAGACUGCGACAACACAUUUAGAAAACCAAUUGUAAUUUCCACUGCUUAUUCCUGAUCCUGAUGCGUAUUUAAGUAGAUAGAUCUAUUGAUGAUACUAUGUAUAAUUUUCACCAAUUCUAAAACAAACCGCCGGAUUUUCCUUUGCAGACCUCGAGUGUGCGGCUGUCCGUGUCAUUGCUGCACUCUGCAGUCCUUGCACGGAUGAUUCCGGCUAUUCCUAUUCGGAUUCAGAACCGGACGAUUCUACAUUUUUUUCUGAAGUCGAAACACCAAAGCUUACCACAAGAGCUGAGGCACGCGUUUUCUCAACGACUAACGUUAAAGAGGACUCACUCUCACGACCCAAUUCUAGUACUAGUGCUAAAAAUCUCAUCAACGUCCUGUCCGUCAUCGACGCCGUAUUGAAAGAGGCACGGGCUUGCUACGUAGAGCAAAAGGGGACACAAACGAAUUUGGUGAAAUUGACUAGGAAGGAUAUCAGUUGGCGCGACAUAGGUGGAAUGGAACGCGCUAUAGAAGAGAUCAAAGCGUUGAUAGAAUUCCCCUUGUCGAAGGUUAUGGGUGUGAUGUUCUGUAGUUACUUUUGAUUCAAAUUCUUCUGAUUUAUUUCGCUGGCGAAAAUGAAGAUGAUGCUACUGCUCCUGGGUUGUUAGUACGUACUCCGAGGUAGGUAGUACCUACUUCUAGGUAGGUAGCAUAAGCGCUAUUUCUUUGAUCAAACUAGAAUUAGUCGCUUAUGAAGUCUUCACCAAAACCAAACAUCAUCGUCGAAACGUCUCUGUCUAAGUCAAGUUCCGAGCGUUACUUUGCAGGUAGCAAACCAAGGAGCGGCGCACUGCUUUUCGGACCUCCAGGAACGGGAAAGACUUUGCUGGCGCGAACAGUAGCUGCGGAACAAGAGUGCACUUUUAUAUCGGUGAAAGUUAAGAAGAACGGUACUUACUUAUAAUAACUGAAAAGCUCUCUCUAGAAGUAGCAUCUCUAUCUAGUAGUAGUAGUACAACACUCACCCACACCCUCUCUAAGAAAAGUCCCGAACUCCUCAGCAUGUACAUCGGCGAAAGCGAGCAUAAUAUUCGAAAAGUGUUUCUGCAAGCGCGUGAGGCUGUUCCUGCGGUCAUGUUUUUUGACGAGUUAGACUCUCUGGCUCCUGCAAGGGGAACGGGUUCUGAUUCUGGCGGUGUGAUGGAUCGCGUCGUCACCGCACUCACCACAGAACUGGAUGACAUGCCACCAAAAUUGUUUCUGCUAGCAGCAACGAAUCGCCCAGACCUGUUGGAUAACGGAUUGCUGCGUCCAGGCAGACUGGACCGCAAAAUUUACCUGGGCAUCAACCGAGAGGACAAGUACCCAGUGUUAUCCGCCUGUUGUCGAAACUUCGUCGUUAGAGGUGACGAAAUUAGUGGGACGAGUGCAGAGAAGGAGGGGUCAAAUUAUGACGAUUUUGUCUUUGAUGUCCUUUUUUUCGAAAGAGGAUGAGCUUCAUUCGCGUAGGAUUUUUCUGGUUUCCAGGAUAAGCUCACCUUUAUUAAGUAGCUUUUUUUACUCAGUUGUCCCACCCUCCUGCUCCUUCAUAUCUUGGAAGAUACGAGCAAAGAAGCAGUUCUGCGGGAGGUUGCCAAAACACUACCACCAGAAAUGUCGCCUGCGGACAUCGCGGGGUUGGCCCAAACAGCAGCAGUUGAAGCUCUCGGAGAGAGGGUGGCGUUUAUUCAAGAGGAUCUUUGUGUUACGGGAUCGGAUACCUAGUUGAUUGGACGAGAGCUGGGUAACUAUAGAGUGACAGAAAUGCGUGAGGCGCGGAAUCCUCUAAUAUCCGUGGCGAUGAGAAGCGCGUCACAGGAUUGCUCUUGCGAAUUGAAGCGCAUAGUACAGCAGUCGCGAGUGCUGGUUCUGAUGACCUCUCGACUGACAUGUGGAACCGGAUAGCUGAGCACGUACGUGGCGUCAAGGUAGAGCGAGAAGAGGAGUAUACACAAGGUACUUCUAGUUGUAAAUCAAAUUUUGUUGAUCGUGGUGAAGGAUCGUUUCUUGAAUUCUAAGGCCAAGGAGAUUGUUGAUCAUGGUGAAGAUAGCAGCACUCUUCAUCGUGCGAUAGAUCCAUAGUUAAAUCACAAUCUUCAUCAAGAAAACAUUAAAAUUGCUAAGCUGCAGCUGGCGAUUGACCGCCUCUCAUUUAUCGGAUGCUACUGAAGAAUGUCUCCGGGUGUGGUAAACCCAAAAACCAUCUUUUCCAUACCUCCCUCUCAACCCCUUUCAAUCCAGCCGCCAAGCAAGCUUUAGCACAAGCCUUGCUUCGCGUUGACGUGGGCAAGAGUCACCUUCUUCAAGCUGCGGCAAGUACUGUUUGUUCGGUGACGGCAAAAGAUCUUGAGCGAUACGAAGCCUUGCGAAAGGAAUAUGAGAACAUCUGAGACGAGCCGAACACGCGUAAGGACUAUGGGAACAUCUGAAUCCGAGGUCCGAUAGGAAUCAUCAGCUGCGAGUGAGCGCCGAGGCCAGACGACAUGGGGCGCUGAAGUACGACGGCGCUCAGAUCCGAGUACGACGGAGACGAAGGGCCGUCUGAGACGAUAAUAUUCCCACAAAUAUUUGCGGUUUUGCGUUGGCAUACUCACCAGUCGUCGUGUCUCAGGAUCUUCGGGAUUCCUGCUGCUUCUAGAAUCCUUCAUCUGGUGUCGCUCUCACCAGCGCGUCGCCGUAGUGCGUCACGAAGAGAACAACUAGAAGUGGCGCAAGUUUGCGAGGGCACAUAGCGAGUGAAUGACACAUAGCGAGAACCGGCUGAGAUUGGACUGGGCAGCAAGAAUAAUGCUUGAAGCACUGGAUCAAAUUCAAACAGCCAAUCAACACGUCAAGGCGCCACCAUGACCAUGACAGACCUUGUCUACCUACUUGUUCUUGUCAUACCUCUGGAUCCGCCGAUCCUCCGGUCAAGGGACAAUUUUUUUGAAAAAUGAACUGAUGGAACGGUUUUGAUUGCACAGAAGCAACAAAAAGUACAAAAGUCUUGCUACCCACUCAGUCAAUACGAUG